UGUCGGGUUCGUUUCAGUCGUCUGCCGAUCGCGACAUAGAACAGUCGAUUGCGCUGUGUGCGAAAAAAGUGCCGACGAGCUGCGAAUAGUGUGUGACCCUCAAAAUGCAACUGAAAAGUGCGUGGAAAGUGUUGCUGCUCGGUCUUGUGGCCCUGCAGCACUUGGAGUUGGCAGCGGGCUCAAGGAUCUUGGCCGCCUUCUUCUUUCCGGGCAAGAGUCACUUCAUGAUGACCAAUGCCAUGGUGCGGGAGCUGGUGAAACGCGGACACGAGGUGACAUUCUUGACGCCCUUCUCGCUGGCCAAGGAGAACUUAGGCGAUAACUACAAGGAGAUACUGAUACCGCAGUACGACUUUUGGCCCACACUGCUGAAGAUGACCCAGGCAAAGAGUGUGCUGGCGAUGACAAAUGUCUCCACGCUCACCUUCAUACGCAUGUGCUACGUCAUGGGCCUGGAGAGCACCGAGUUUGCCUUCGAGCAGCCCGAGGUGCUGAAUCUGAUUGAUGCCAAGGAUAAAGUGGACAAAUACGAUCUGCUGCUGGCUGAACAGUUCUUCAACGAGGGAGCGCUGUUCUUGGGACAUCUUUAUCAGAUUCCCAUCGUCACCAUCGCGACCUUUGGCUUUGCCAACUACCUGAGCCCAUUGGUGGGCGUUAUGACGCCCUGGUCGUAUGUACCACAUGGCUGGAAACCGUACACGCCUCACAUGUCACUGCUGGAGCGCAUUGACAGCGUUUAUACUUGUGCCUUGGAGGAUAUCGUUCGCACUAUCUGGCACUAUCCGCAACAGGAUGCGCUGCUGCAAAAGCAUUUUGCGCACAAGUUCGAUUCGGUGCCCAGCAUCAAACAACUGGAACGCAACAUCUCUGCCUUCCUACUGAAUACCUACAUGCCACUGGAGGCGCCUCGGCCCGUCUCUUUCAACAUGAUCCAGGUGGGUGGACUGCACAUUCAGAAGCCCAAGGCUUUGCCUGCCGAUAUGCAAAAGUUCCUGGACGAGUCCAAGCACGGUGUCAUCUACUUCAGUCUGGGUUCUCAGGUCCGCAGCGCAGACUUGCCACCCGAGAAGCUCAAGAUCUUCCUCGAUGUGUUCGGCAGCCUCAAGCAGCGAAUUCUCUGGAAGUUCGAGGAUGAGAAGCUGCCCAAUCUGCCUGCGAAUGUGAUGGUUAAAAGCUGGAUGCCACAGAAUGAUAUUCUCGCCCAUCCGAACGUCAAAGUCUUCAUCGCCCAUGGCGGUCUCUUUGGAACCCAGGAAGCAGUGUAUCACGGGGUGCCUGUGCUCGGGAUGCCCGUCUAUGCCGAUCAGUAUCUGAACAUCAAGAAGGGCCAAGCAGCUGGCUUUGCGCUGGGUGUGGACUAUCGCACCGUGACAGAGCAGGAGCUGCGUCAUUCGCUCACCGAGCUGCUCGAGAAUCCCAAGUUCAUGGAUAACAUGAAGCGCGCCUCAAAGAUCUUCCGCAAUCGACCGCUGGAUGCCAUGGAUGAGGCCAUGUUCUGGAUCGAUUAUGUGAUCGAACAUCGUGGUGCACCGCACUUGGUCUCACCUGGACUGAACUUGCCCUGGUAUCAGUUCUAUCUUCUCGAUAUUAUUGGACUUGCCUUGGCUGCAAUUCUGUUGCCAAUUCUUGGACUCCGCCUCUUGUGUCGCAAGAGAAAAUCAUUGGCUGUGAAAAGUGCCAAGACAAAGGUGAAACGCAACUAACGAACAUCUCAACUCAAAACGUUUUUUAUUGAUAAACAAAUUUGUAGACUAUGAAUUAAGUUAAUUGUGAAACAAUCAUCAAUAAUUUCUUAUUUUUUGUAUAAUUUCCAAUGUAAUACAAAUGAAUUGUUAUGUUAACAUUUUACAAAACCGAAAGACUUGUCUCUAAUAA